AUGGCAAACACACAGCGAUCAAGCAAUCUACCUCCUCUGACGGCUAUAGAGCGUAUUGGGCCCAAGGGGUAUCUUCGCUAUGUAUUUCCUUUCGAGCUGGCGGAAGACUACAAUCUUGAUGAAGUAGUCCGUAUUCUCACGGCGGGAUACAACGAGGCCAAGGAACAUAUCGCGGCUUUGAAUUGUGAGGCGGUGCCUGACUUGAAGUGGAAGCAGGCCGGUGUCCUCAAAUUGCAAAGUCUGCCAGACGGUGCAAUACAGGAUAUUCUGGUCAAGGACCUCCGAGACACCGACGCCUUCCAACAAUCGUAUAGCCAACUCAAGUCCAUAAACUUCCCUGUCUCGGCCUUCGAUGAUGAACUUCUUUGUCGUCGUUCCGUGUGGCCUACUCCCGGGGAGAGGUUGCCCGUUUCCCUCUUACAGGCGAACUUCAUUCGUGGCGGAUUGAUUCUUACAUGGUGCAUCCUGCAUAUGUUUGGAGACGGAAAGUCUUUCCAUGUCUGGUCGAAAAUCUGGGCGGAAGGAUGUCGUCGCGCCCAAAAUCUGGACAUUCCGGAACCAUACGUGCUGGAUGAUGCCGUCUUUGCAGACCGGGAGCGAGUGAUGAAACCCUCCGGGAGAAAUCACGGACUCCCUGAAAAUCACCCCGAGUACGUAAUUCUCCCCUUCACUCCUCAGGGGGCUCCGCUCAAGAUGCUGUCACGAGAGAAUCGCGGCCAAGUAUUCUAUUUCUCGCCGGAGAGAUUAGCGGCCUUGAAAAAUGACGCGGCCCCGGGGAAUGCAAAACAUGCCUCUGAUGUUAAGUGGAUAUCGACGAACGAUGCAGUUUCUGCACUUCUGUGGCGAACCGUAAUGGCAAUGCAAUCACCACUUGAAUCACUUGACGGCGACCCAGUGUCAGUCUUUAAUAUAGCCAUCGAUGGAAGACAACGGGCCGACCCACCUCUUCACCCAGAAACGUUGGGCUGCUUCUUGGAGUAUAUAGCUGUCUCGUGCCCCAUCCGGGAGAUACUGAGUUCCGACAAUGUCGCCGAUUUGGCUGUCUCGAUCCGAAAGGCGGUUAUACGGGCUGAUGGGCAGUUCACGGAUGAUCUGGUGACAUUGAUAGACCGAUUAGAGGACGUAGACAGACUCAUUCCGACCGCGUUUUUGGAUGUCCCUGGUUAUAAUUGUGUCCAGUCUUCGUGGGCCACAUUUGAUCUGUACACUCUGGACUGGGGCCCGGCUUUGGGGGGUAGGAUCCAAGCGGUGCGAUCUCCCUCGGUUGGCAUCAUCAACGGCUUGCAGGUUGUCAUGCCACCACCUCCAGAAGGUGGGAUGGAGAUUUUGGUCAGCGUAGAGGCAAGUUGUUUGGAGAAACUGUUGACUGAACCGCUGUGGAUGAAAUACGCUAUUCCUCGAUGA